UAAAAUAACAGUGCACGGAUUAGGCCGACAGAUAUGUUAUUAACGUUUCGUAUUAAUACUCAAUCAAAACCCUCUAACUUGUCGGAGCAAAACACAAAGAAGAAAAAUCUAAAAUCAGAACUGGUGAGCCACCUGAGGAAAAUUCUUCUCUACAGGUGAAAAAUGUCGGGACGCGGAAAGGGUGGAAAGGGCUUGGGAAAGGGAGGAGCGAAGCGGCACAGGAAGGUUUUGAGAGAUAAUAUUCAGGGUAUUACCAAGCCUGCAAUUCGGCGGCUUGCCAGGCGAGGAGGAGUGAAGCGUAUAAGCGGGCUUAUUUACGAGGAAACGAGGGGCGUACUCAAGAUUUUUCUGGAGAAUGUGAUAAGGGACGCUGUUACGUAUACGGAGCACGCCAGACGCAAAACUGUCACUGCCAUGGAUGUUGUGUAUGCGCUUAAGCGGCAGGGAAGAACCCUCUAUGGUUUUGGUGGUUAAAAUGUGAAAUUGAUGAAGGGUAAGGGUUGUUCGUAAAAAAGAAGUCUUGCUUUCAAGAAAUGGUUUUUGUUGAUAUGGGCUAUUUAUCUUUUCAUUUAAAUUGUAAACGAGAGGGUUUUGCCCCAAAUUUUAGUGGUUCAAGCUGAAUUUGAUUUUGGUACCAGACAAUUUGGGGGGUUUUGUGCCCUAGAUUUAUCUGAUAUACAGUACAUUUUGUGUACGUUCUGUAUGUUGAAUUUAUUCUACUUAGGAGCUUUUUAGAAAUGUUAUUUUUAAAAUAAGUUUAUAACUUUAUUAUC